UCUCUCCCGACUCCAACUUGCUCACUCAGAGCAGCAGCUGUUAACCUUUUUGCCUCUGUCCUAUCCAGCCACCACCAUGAGCCAGUCCUACUCCUCCAGCCAGAGGCUCUCCUCGUACCGCCGGACCUUUGGCGGGGCGGCUUCACCUUCCUUCCCAAGGGCCUCCUUUGGCACCAAGGGAUCCUCUGCCAGCUCCGUCUCCUCUCGGGUCUACCAAGUGUCCCGCAGUGCUGCCCCAUCCAGCCUUUCUAGCUUCCGAGCCAGCUACUCAGCUCCACUGCGCUCAGCCUACCAGGGGGCUGGGGAACUCCUUGACUUCUCCCUGGCCGAUGCCAUGAACCAGGAGUUCCUGCAGACACGAACCAACGAGAAGGUAGAGCUUCAGGAGCUCAAUGACCGCUUCGCCAACUACAUUGAGAAGGUACGUUUCCUGGAGCAGCAGAAUGCGCUCAUGGUGGCCGAAGUCAACCGGCUCAAAGGCAAGGAGCCCACACGGGUGGCCGAGAUGUAUGAAGAAGAGCUGCGGGAGCUGAGACGCCAGGUGGAAUUGCUGACCAACCAGCGGGCACGUGUUGAUGUGGAGAGGGACAAUCUGCUGGAUGACCUUCAGAAGCUGAAGCAGAGGCUGCAGGAAGAGAUUCAUCUCAAGGAGGAAGCAGAGAACAACUUAGCUGCUUUCAGAGCUGAUGUUGAUGCAGCCACUCUGGCCCGAAUUGAUCUUGAGAGGCGUAUUGAAUCACUGCAAGAAGAAAUUGCCUUCCUCAAAAAGGUGCAUGAAGAGGAAAUCAGAGAACUGCAAUCACAGAUGCAAGAACAGCAAAUACAAGUGGAGAUGGAUGUUUCAAAGCCAGACUUAACAGCAGCAUUGCGUGAUAUACGUGCUCAGUAUGAGUCAAUUGCUGCAAAGAACAUUUCUGAGGCUGAGGAAUGGUAUAAGUCCAAGGUGUCUGACCUGACGCAGGCAGCAAAUAAGAACAAUGAUGCUCUACGCCAAGCCAAGCAGGAGAUGAUGGAAUACCGGCACCAGAUCCAGUCAUACACCUGUGAGAUUGAUGCACUCAAGGGCACGAAUGAUUCCCUGAUGAGGCAGAUGCGAGAGAUGGAGGAACGCUUUGCUGGAGAGGCUAGCAAUUAUCAGGACACAAUCCAAAGGCUUGAAGAGGAGAUCCGACACUUGAAGGAUGAGAUGGCACGGCACCUGCGCGAGUAUCAGGACCUGCUCAAUGUCAAGAUGGCUCUUGAUGUUGAGAUUGCUACCUACCGCAAGCUGUUAGAGGGUGAAGAGAGCAGAAUUUCUCUGCCCAUUCAAACCUUUUCUGCCAUCAACUUCCGAGAAACCAGUCCAGAGCAGCGAAGCUCUGAGGUCCACACUAAGAAGACCGUGACUAUCAAAACCAUUGAGACACGUGAUGGGGAGGUGGUUAGUGAAGCCCUGCAGCAGCAACAUGAGAUGCUGUAGAUCCUGUCACCCACAGAGAGGCAACGGGCCCAUCUAAACCCUCUCCCUCCCACACACAAAGACCUGGGAUCAUGGGCUCCCACACACUCUCCUUCACACCCACUACUCUGUGACAACACCUUGGGAGAGCCUUACACACAGCCACAUGUGUGAGGCACUCCCUGCUCCCAGUUUUCCCAAGCCUCUCUCCUUCUGCUCCCCUUCUGCUCUUCCUAUCCUGGAAGCUAGGGAAGGGAAGAGGACUAAAAGAGAGGCACUGCUGUGCGUGUAUGUGUAUGUGUGCAUGCGUGCAUGUGUUGGUUUGAGGGGAGGGAGAUGCUUCCUGCUACUGUAGGAACUGAAGCUCUGACCACUGCCUGCAGACAGAACUCUCCCCCUACUUCUCCAUGAAUGUAUUUCUGCAUGUACUGACCCACAUAAAAGUGCCUUGAUACUUGUGUGUAGCUCCCAACCUGAGCACUCCCAACCUGAACACAGGUGCACACCUCCUGAUCCCUCAAGGCCUUCCCACUGCAGCAUUAAUGGGAUUAGUCUGCAGGCCAUAGAGGGAUAGAGGAAAGAAGGAGGAAAAGUGGAUUUUGCCCAGAAAACGAGGAGGUGCCAAUUGCCUAGCCUUGCCUCGGGGACCAAAGCCAUGGAAGAUCCUUGCCUACCUGGCCUCCUCAUGUUGGAGCAGGACUCCUUCUAUGGGGAUGGGGUGGAAUGGGGUUGUAUCUGUAGCUUCAAGGAAUGUCUGUCCCUCCAGCUCAAAAGGUAGCUUGGCUUGCUAUCCUAGACAAAGAUUUGGACUUCCACCUUAGUUGGAAGUUCCAUCCAAUGCAUGGGGCAGAGGUUGGGAGGGUCAGAACCCCACAGGAGAGUUGACUAGGGUAGAAGGCUUGGACUCUUAACAGGUUAAUUACUCUCCUCCUGCUGCAGAGAAAAGCUCCUAGUCUGAAAUAGGAACUUUUAGGUUCACUAAGGACGGGAGGAGGACACCAAGGGGCAGAUGCAUGCACUAGUAGAGGCUUCCCUGCCUUGAGUAUCAUCCCUAUCCCAAAUCUGUCCCAUAGGGACAGCUGAAAUGGCUUUUUACACGUCUUCUGGGAGGUGAACAAGAGAAGAGAAGGAACUAGCAGGUGAUGGGUAUGGGGGAGAGAAAGGGAGUGAGAGAGUUUGUGGGUGCGAAUGAAAGAGAAGAGAGGAGAUGGAGAGAGGCUGUAUGCCCCCAACCUUCCUACCCCAGCACAUACCUGGUUCUGCCAAGUGAUUAAUAAACCAUGGAGCACAAAA